AUGGGGUGCUGGAGCCAGUGGCCACUCUGGAGCUGGGCGCUUUGGGGGCUCUGGGUGCUGCCAGCACAAGCAGAGAAUGGGGGGGAGCAGCUGUUUGCACCUGCACCGGCCCUGCCAGAGCCGGGCAGCAUCUCCCCUACGGCUGACAGCACCAGUACUGAGCUGCCUGUGGACCUGAGUAUGUGCCAGGUGUUCCUCACGGCCACGGCCCCCCGCCCCGAGCCCCCCUUCCCCGCGGGCAUCACCAGCCCCUCCGCCGGCAGCCACGGCUCAGGCAGCCUGGUGGGGCAGGUGACGGCAACAGCCCUGGUGGCAGCCAGGGCCAGUGUCACCGAGGGAGCCAGGAUGGUGACCCCACCAUCUGCACACCCUCCCAGUGCAUCCUCAGCAAGAGUCACCCUUUCUUCUGCCACUGUUGGCGUCGAUGAGGCUACAGAGCCUGGGACACUUGCCUUACCCAGCACCAGCCACAACGCUCUGCAGGACCCCCCGGUGCCCUCCACUCAGCUGCCCCCAGCCCCCUGGCCCCAGCUGGGCACAGGAGAGACGCCUUCCACUGGCCCCAGCAUGGACCUCGCCACUGCUGGCCAUGAUCUACCUGGAACCAACACUGUCAGCCAGCCCCAGGGCACCUCUCUAGCUCUGGGCACACAGGCUAUGGAGCACGUCCCCACUGCAUCCAUGGCAGCUCUGGGCCACACUGGUGCUGAGCUGGUGUUCAGCAGGAGUGAUCCCAGCACUGGAGGCACUGCUGCCACACUCAGCAGGAGGCUGUACCCCCAUGCAACUCCUGACAGCACUGAUGGUCCCUCUCCAGGACUGUUUGCACGCUCCAUGGGAUCUCUGCUCCCCCAGACCCCCUCAGCAGGCCCCGAGGUCACCACGGCAGAGGCAGCUGCAGUCAGAUCUCCUCCAGCCAGCCCCAGCAUGGCCACAUCCUUGUCUGUCAAGGGCACUGGUGGAGCAAAGGCAGGCAGGACCCUUCAAGCUGCUGCAGCACCAACAUCUUCCACCACCGCGUAUGGCAUCGGGACCGGGACUGCUGCACUUCCAUCCUCCUUUGUUAGUGAAGCAGAGAUGGGAACAGCAUCACUGGCCAGUGGCAGUGCCACCACAAUGCUGCAGGACACCAGAGCCAUCCCGCCUGUGCCAGAUACAUCUCCCAGCCUCAUCCAGCCUCGUCCCACUGUGGCCUCAGCAGCCCCAGGAACUGGUGUCACCACUGAACCUGCACCAGCCCCAAUGGUUCUCUGGGGUGAACCCCAACAGGGGACAGUUCUGCGAGCAGAGACAUGGUCACCCAGUGCUGCACCAGGGAUGGGCACGGCUGUGCCAGGCACCCCAGGGGCACUCAGAGCAGCCAGCGACUCUGGGGCAUCGCAAACAGGUGUCUCUCCUCUCCUGGACAGCAGUGCCCCUGCAAGGAUGGUUCUGGGGUUGUCCCCAUCCAGCAUCCUCCAAGAGAUCACAGCAGGCAUGUCCCCACCAUCCCCAGCCACCCCACCGCCAGCAACAAGUGCUUCAGUUGACCCCCACUCCGGUGGCAUCACGGUGGGGCAAGCGGUGGCUAUGGCAUCCCUGGAGAUGGGCACAGAGGAGAGCCGAGGUGCCAGUGCAGUGGGGACAGCUCCCAGCCCCGCCAUCCUCGCUGCUGGGCCAUGGCCAGGGCCACCUGCCCAAGGGACCAGCGUUCCCAGAACCCAGCCCUCGGCAGAUCUGCCUCUCCAGGUUGCAAACACAAGGAUGGGUGCCACGACUCCACACAGUGGUGGCAGCAUCCUGGGCACAGCCCCCCUGGCAUCCCUCCCCUCCCCAGCCAUCCAGGCUGCCUUGGACCACAGCCAUCACACUGCUAAGCCUGACACAGGCGUGGACAUGGACACGGACACAGACAUGGACAUGGACACAGCUUCUCCCACCAGAGCAAAUGGGGCUGUGGGGCUUUCCCUGGGGCUGCCCACACCUGCAUCUGGGAUGGCUGAGCCAGGCACCAGCAGUGCCAAUCUGUCAGUACCCUCUGGGCCAGGUAGCAAAAGCCCUACAGCAGUGGCCACGGUGAGCAAAGUGUCACCCACAGCUCUGGACCCAGCUAUGGCACCUUCCUCCAGCCUCGCUCACAACACUGCAGAGCCAGACAUCAGUGUGUCACCUCCUGCCCCUGGGAACACCCUUGCAGUGGCACCCCCUGUCACCACCAGCAUCACCAUCACUGAUCCAGCAGCAGGAGUAGGUGAUGCCAAUCCUGACAGGGUCACAACACCCAUCUCUACUGUCGCCAGCAGUGCCUCAGCUCCAUACAGGUCCCACGUCACCCUGAGGCCAUCUCCUGAGGCUACCGAUAGCACCCACGACUCAGCUUUGAGGGCUUUCAGCCCAGUGACUGAGGACAAGCCCAUGGCCCGGAUCUCCUCACUGGCUGUUGGCCAGACACACAGGUGGGAGUCUACAGCCACAUCCUGGAUGGGUGCUGGGGGUGCCACUGCCCAGAUGGACAUCAUAGCCCCUGAGAGCAGCACCGAGGGUGCAGCACCUGCAGCUGGCACCCACAGCACCCGUGUGCCUGUCUCCAACCCUGCUGCCACAAGCCCAGCUGCCACACCAGCCACCAGCGUGUUCCCCAGCAACACCAUCCCACCAGCCACCCCAGCCAGAGGGGAGACCUUCCUAACGCCUGGGUCCACCACAGCCAUGCCCUCUGCCACAGCAAAGGGCACCAGCACCAGCAGUGCCCCGUCCCUCGCUGUGAAGCGUGGUGAGGCAAGCAGAGGCAGGCAACUUGGCCUCUCCUCAGCAGCGCCUUCCCCCUCAGUGGAGACAACUGCCAUGUCCUGGAGCAUCCUCAGUCCCAGUCCUGCUUCACCUGUCCCCAGCCUAGCAGAGAAGGCAGUAACAGCCCCUUCAUACCUGUGGCAUGUCAGUGCAACCAAGGAGCCAGCAGCUGGACAGACCAUCUCUGAGCUGACAACAGAUGCUGCUUCUCCCAAGGCCAUCAGCAGUCGUGUCACAGAUCCUGCAGUGAGCAUGUCACCUCCCAACUUCCGCACAUCUCUGUGGGCAUCUGCCUGGGAGGAGAUGGCAGCCAGCACCGCAGCCAUCCCUGCAGCCAUCCCUGAACCCAGAACCAUAGCCAGCACCACAGCCAUCCCUGCAGACAGUAACGAAGCCAUCUCUGCAGCCAGCAGCACAGCCAUCCCUGCAGUCCUCACUGCAGGCAACACAGUCCCUGUGACACCUCUGGCCCCAGUAAGCCCGAUCAAGGAGGCAGGAGGUGUCCUCGUGACCAGCAGUGCAGCACCAGUGAGACCCCCAGGCCCCACCAGUCCUGCCACCUCCUCACCUUUUGCCUUUGGGAUGCAGAGGGCACCGACCACAGCACCGAGCACAUCUGCCCUUACCACUGCUGACCAUAGAAAUCCUGCUCCUGAGCCCCAGCCCGCCCAUGGGCUUGCCAUGCCAGCAGCCUCGCUCUACCCCUUCGGCACAGAGGGAGGGGACCAGGAGUGUGUCCAGAGGAUGGUGGAUUUCAGUUCUCCCCUGUUCAAGCCAGAGAUUGGGUUCCCCUUCGGGAAGUCGCUGCGGGAUGCUCUCUACUUUACAGAUAACGGGCAGAUAAUUUUCCCACCCACGGACAACUACGUCCCCUCCAACCCCAACCCCCCUGCCCGGGGCUUCAGUGGCCGGGAGGCUUUGCCAAUGGUUGCUGCCUUUUGGGACGACGCAGAUUUCUCCCAGGGCGUUGGCACCACCUGGUACCAGGAGUACUCCACCCUCACCCCUACCCCAGACCCCCUGGUCCAGGAUGUGGAAGCAAAGAUUGAGAAAUACCUGCAAACCCGCUAUGAAGCGAAAUGGACCUUGAAGGUGACGUGGGAGAAGGCUCCGGCGUACCCGUCCCGGCACGAUGACACUGAAACAAACACCUACCAGGCAGUCCUCACCACCGAUGGGACCCGCUCCUUCGCCCUGCUGCUCUACCAGGACGGAGGGAUGCGGUGGGACUACACCAGGCUGGCUGCAGACAAUGUGCUGAUCGGCUUCUCCAGUGGUGAUGGCUAUGCCCAAAAUAAUGAGCUGACUUGGAAGCCACCAGCUGUGAAAUACCGACCGGACCAGCACAGCAGCAUUGGCACUGAUGUGCGUGGGCUGUGGCUGUACAGGCUGGACACUCGCUCCCGGGUGAACUACAGGCUGCGGUGCCUGGCGUGGCUGGAGGCAGAGCCUGCCCCAGCCUCCUGGAACGGCCAGCUCCCGCCAUGCCCCUGCUCCCGGCCGCAGGCAGAGCUCGACCCCCGCUACCGACGGAGCAAAGGCUCCACGGACUCCUCAGUGAAGAUGUUUCGCACCGUGUCCCCCAGCCCGGCUGGAGCCGGCGUGCGAUGUCUGUACCGAGGCCAGAGCUUGCUUGAGGGCUGGCAGGAGAGAACAUGGAGCACCCCCUUUCGCCCUACUGCUGACGAGGAGCUGCAGGCGUUCGGCUGGUGCUGCCGGCGUGUGAAGAAGCCCCUGUUCUGCACCAGGUUUGCUGAGAAGAGACCGAGGAUUGGCUGCAAGGGAUAUGUGCCGCCCACCCCAGCUGGUGCCUUUGGGGACCCCCACAUCACCACCCUGGAUGGACUUACCUACACUUUCAAUGGUCUGGGGGACUUUGUCCUGCUGCUAGCCAGCGAUGCCCAGACCAGCUUCGUGCUGCAUGGGCGUACAGCCCGGACUGGCAUGGCCCAGGCCACCAACUUUGUGGCCUUUGCUGCCCAGUACAUCUCUGCCACCACCACAACAGUUGAGUGGACCUUGGGGAGCCAGGGUGACAUCCAAGUCCUCCUGAACAACAAAACCAUCCAGUUUUCCUAUUCUCAAGACAUGGAUGCUGAUGUGUACUAUAGCCCUGGUGUCCUGCUGGUCAACACCUCCUCCCUCACAGCUGUCUUCGAUGGGGCCACCGCCGUCUCCAUCUCAGCCACCUCCAAGAUCCUUAGCGUGGUCUGCAGCCUGCCUGAUGGCUACCACAACAGGACCAAGGGCCUCCUGGGUACGUGGGACCACGACCUCACAGAUGACUUCCAAAUGCCAAAUGGUACCAGCAUCCCUGUGAACAGCAGCGAGGAGGAGAUCUACAGCUACGGGAUGACAUGGGCUGUUGGAGAGCACAGACUGUUUGCUCAGCCUCUGGACUCUCCAGUUACGAACUUCACACCCAUCUUCUUGUCCGGGCUGCAGCAGGAGAAUGAAAGCCAGUACCAGCUGGCAGCUUCACAGUGCCACGGCAGCAAGGAGUGCAUCUAUGAUUCCCUGAGCACAGGUGAUGUGGCCCUGGGCUUGGCCACCCAGAGCCUCACAGCUGACUUCCAGCAGAAGAAGGCAAUGCUCACCACCUUCCCUCCUGUCAUCAUGGGUGACACGUCAAUCACGGCCUUCAGGACAGAAAGAGUCAGGAGGCAGUACCACGCCGUGGGGGUGGGCGCACGCUUUGUUCCCCUCCUCUCACCAGACCUCAACGUAUCAGAGAGCGGCACCCUGACCUGGGAGCCGCGCAGAAUGGCCCCACUCACCCUCAGCCUGGAGGCUGUCGGCUCCAACAACCUCUCUGCCCUCCUCCAGCUCCGCUUCACCCUUUGCAGCUGCAGCAGGAGCAGGGAGUGUGACUACAGCGAUACUGUCACCCUCGAGGACUCCUCCCUGCAGCUGGCGGCCUGCAGGUGUGAGAGUGGCUACUUGGGUGCCUUCUGCCAGGUCCCCCCGGAUCCCUGUGCCCAGGGCUGCUUCCCCGGCGUGGCCUGCGCCCCGCGUGCCGGCUGCGGCCCCUGCCCCGCUGGCCUGACUGGUGACGGACGGCACUGCUCAGAUAUCGACGAGUGCGCACAGGGGACGGCGUGCCCCGGGAAUGCCACCUGCACCAACACAGUGGGCAGCUACACCUGUUCCUGCCUGGCCGGUGAGGAGGGUGAAGAGCCAGGCUGUGGCUUCGCCUGUGGCUCCCGCUCCUGCCCCGAGGACUACUGCAGCAACGGGGGACAUUGCCACCUGCACCCCAUCAGCUGCGCCCCGACCUGCGCCUGCCCGCCGGCAUUCACCGACCAGCGCUGCCUCGUAGCCGGGGGCGACUUUCUGCCGCUGCCCAGUCCAGAUCUCCCCAUGAGGAGCGUCAAGCUGCGGGUCAGGACACUGCAAAAUGCCACCGUUGGGGAAGUCAACAGCACUGUCUCAGCCAUCCUGGGCUCCUUGAAGGUAAAGGAUUUCCAGAGCAACACCAACAUCACCCAGACGACAGACAGCGAUGGCUUCACCUUCGUGGUGGUGUCUGAGUUUGCCUACGACAGCCAUGGCACUGUCAUCCGGUUCCUGAAUGAUGAGCUGCAGGGGGCCAUCACCCGUGCCUUCAACAGGCAGCGUGGGCAGCGGGAGGCGGGCACCCACCUCCUCUUCCAGUACCUGCACCCAGACAACAUCACCGACCUGGUCAAGUUGACCGUGGCUGAGCUGAGGGGCUACUUCCCCUGCAGUCUGUAUGGCUACAAAGGCUACCAGCUCCACUACUUCAGGACCAUCGGUUUCGUCUGCAUCUCCCCUUGCAAGAUGGGCUACUGCCAGCACGGCAGCCAGUGCCAGCACCUACCUGAGGGGCCCACAUGCAGCUGUGUCCCCUUCUCCAUCUUCUCCCCGGCUGGCCCACGGUGCGAGCGGUUGGCCGUCAGCCUCGCCGCCUUCCUUGGCAUCCUGCUGGCAGCCCUGGCCGUGUUCUGCCUGCUGCUGGCCGCAGCCUGCCUGGCCCUGCGCAUGAGCCACCGCUACCAAGGGGCCAAAGAAACCUUCUGGAGGCCACAGCCCUUCUCCUCUCUGACAAUGGCAGGAGAGGAAGCAGAGCCCACCCUCUCCCACUCCCUGGAAAGCUGUUGGGAACCUCAUCUCCAGACCAUCGACCCCUCAAUCCAGAUACAGAUCCAGAGGCCCCAGGUCAGGCCAAGGCAGCCUCCCCAGCAGCCCUAGUCUGCCACUGGUCCUGCCCCAGUGCCUGUGGGCCCACUGGACCACUCUCAGGGUCUCCUGGAGGCAGAGGAUGGGCAGCUGCCAUUUGGGGUCUGCUCUUUGUGGAAGAGGUGCUCUUUUUUUGAAUGAAAAAUGUUUCCUGCUGGGUGGCCAAAGUGAGAGGAUUUCACCUUCCCCUGAGGACCCACAGAGGCAACCAGGAGAGUCCUUGAGUGACUGCAUUGGGGUGAGCCCUAGUGUAAAAUAACUGGACCCAGCAGAGCCCCUGGUAGCUGGCUCAGAUGGGGCAAUGCUGAUUAUAACCUGUUAGCAACAAAAUAGA